AUGAUUAACCGUACUAGCAAUGGGAGUCACAAAUGCCCGGCGCCUCUCACGCACUUGGCCCCUGAAACGCUCGAAAUCGUUGCCGCUAUUUUCGACCUCACUCUUGCGUCUGAAGAGCAGGCCGAGCUGUCGAGGCAUCGCCUCUGCUUGAAAGAUCUUUCAGCGGCAUUCCGUGACCUUGACAAGAAUGGAGACGGGUACAUUACGGCUGCCGAGUUCUCAGCUUCCCUAAGGGCUCAUGGGUUUUGCCCCUCAGAGGCUGAGCUCAAUGCGCUGGUCAACCGUUACGACAAGAACGGAGACAGCAAAGUUUCUUACGCAGAGUUUGUCAACGCGAUCGGACGCACAAGAUGUCCGCUGGAGAGCUGCAUGCUCAAGCAACUCGUGACAUUAAGGCGGCUUACCUCUUGCUUUCAGCUGCCGCAGCGACUCGGGCAGCCGCUAACUACCCAAGGAUAA